AUGAUUAGCCAGGACCAGAUCGAUUAUUUUAAAUCAGAAGUGGCUGCCUCUUCGUCGCCUUGGCUUGCGGCUUAUGACCAGCUUCUUGACCAAACCGCAGUCGCCAAUGCAACAUAUACGCCCUCACCAGUACCAACCGUUGUCUGUGGAUCGUACAGCAUCCCAGAUGUUGGAUGUUCCGCCGAACGCGAAGAUUCUCUUGCAGCGUAUGCCAAUGCCUUAGCGUGGGUUGUUAGUGAAGAGCAGUCGUAUGCAGAUAGAGCUAUUGACAUUAUGAAUUCUUGGUCAUCGACUGUCCUGACUCAUAACGAUUCCAAUGCUCCCAUUCAGUCCGGCUGGGUCGGGUCAGUCUGGGCUCGAACGGGAGAGCUUAUUCGUUAUUCUGAUGCUGGCUGGAGUACUAGUGAGAUCGAUGAUUUUGAGGUAAUGUUGCGCACAGCCUAUAUGCCAUUGGUGAUUGGUGGUUCAACUUACAACGGAAAUUGGGAGCUAGUCAUGACAGAAGCUGCGAUGUUUAUGGGUGUAUUCCUUGAGAACUCUACUGCAUACAACACUGCCAUGGACCUCUUCGAAGCUCGCGUUCCUGCCUAUAUCUAUUUGACUUCUGACGGCUCGUUGCCCGUUUACCCUCGAGGUAUCAGUACCGAGGCUGCACUGAUCAGCUAUUGGGAGGGUCAGAGCACGUUUCAGGCCAGCGGUAUGGCGCAAGAAACAUGCAGAGAUCUGGAGCAUACGGGAUAUGGGCUAGCAUCGAUCGCACAUGUGUCAGAGAUGUCACGCAUCCAAGGCACGGAUUUAUACCAGACUUCGAUUGGGACUCGUCUUCAAGCAGCCCUGGAGUUCCACACGCAGUUUUUGGAAGGUAUUGAUGUCCCUUCGUGGCUCUGUAGCGGCACCCUCGACCUUACCUUACUCUCCACCACGGAAAUUGGAUUCAAUGCAUUUGCGACAAGAAUGGAUUACAACAAUUUGACAUAUACGAACGAGUGGACCGUAUCACGCCGACCAGCCGGGAGUAACGGACUUUUCGUGGCAUUUGAAACUCUCACUCAUGCUAAUAACCCUUAUUAA